CGUACUGCACCGCACUGGCCAAAACAGCUAGCAGAGAGGAGGCUAACAUUAGCUAGGGAGCAGUUCAGCAGCAGCUGUAGCUCGUAAAAAAAAAAACAAACUCCAUCUACAAAUCAAUGACAAGAACAGCAAACCUUCAAAUAUGCGCUCGGAUUUCGACUGAUACUUGUUGAAAUUAUCCUAUUUUCAUUUCCUUUAACGCUCUGUGAAGCUCCCAGCGAUCCCAAAAGCACAGGAACUUAACUGUGGGGAAAUGGAGUCUGAUCGAUUGAGGCGAAGAGAGGAAAUCCAAAAAGCAAUGAGUUUUAUCCAGUCCUCAUUGCCUUACCCACAGCCAGAAAAUUAUGAGGCCUUUCUGACUCAAUUGGUGUGUAACCUGCUGGACGAGGGCAAUGCUUGCUUUCGAGAAGGAGACUCUCGUCAGGCAAGCCAGCAGUACGGCGAAGGGAUCAGUGUUGCCCGCUACGCCCAGGCUGAGGCCCUUGUCAUCCCUCAUGAACUGCUGGAGAGCCUCUAUGUGAACAGGGCUGCUGCCUUCUACCAAUUGAGAGAGUUCGAGCGGGGCAUUCAGGACUGCGAAAGUGCACUUUUUGUGUCUGAAGGCAGUCGCAGGGCUUUGUACCGCAAAGCGCUUUGCCUGAGAGACCUGGGACGAUUCCGUGAGGCUUACGAGUGUGGCACAAAGUGUCUUCUCACCGCACCAAAUGACAGACAGGUGAAUGAUCUGGCUCAGGAUCUGGCCAAUAAACUGGGACUGAAGGGCCGUAAAGCCUACGUCAGCCCCCAGACGGAGUCUACAACCACAGAAGGAGAGAGUCUUGGCGAGACAACACCACCUACUGGAGAGUUGUCCUCCAAUGGGCUGGAGUCUUUAGGCGACAUGGGACCAGCAGACCUGUCGAGCGCACAGUGCAUCCCUGCACCUUUGGCCACGCCCAUUCCAGUCAGCGACGAUCCCGCAACCUCCGUCAUGACCCCGUGCACUGACCUGUCGGAGAGCCCCAGCAGCCAGUCCCUGCCGCCCAUGCCGUACUCGGUUCCUGUUUCAGAACACAUGGACGAAUGCAGCAGCGUAAUCAAGGACGAGCUCGACAGUCUCCUGGAAUGCAUCCCCAAGAAAGUCAGCGAGAGUCCAGUCCAAGGUGCUAUCCCCACCAACCUUCCAAACACUGCUGUGGGUCUGCGGCCUCCUUACUCCCCCAACCUCCCGGCUCCAUCGGCCCAGCUUGCCCCCACCUUCUUCGGCACCUCCAUCAGUGAAAUCCCCCCGCUGGAGGCUUACUCGCCGCUGGCCCAGCGAGACCAAGGCUCCACCCAGGUGCAGGACGCUCUGGGAGGAGGCUUCUCAACCGGAGCCCUGGAUGGCGAAGGAAAAGCCGGCGUCGUCGCCGGCGGUAUUGACUCUUUAUCAGAGUACACUCUCCCAGGGGGCCGAGUGUGUCACAGCUUCAUCCCUGGUAUGCGCAACCACAGCUCUACACAAGCAAAUGGUCCAGCAGGAACAAACCUCUCUAUGUUGUCCAGGAAUCCUUUGACUAGCACACACGAGUUCCGCCAGGCCUGCCAUGCGUGUUAUAGCCGAAUAGGUCCACGAGUUAUGGACUACAAAUAUCAACCGGAGGCAGCACAUCGAUGCAAGAGGGACGUCCUGCUGUGUCGCUUGAAAAACACAGACGACCCCACCUGGAAGAGGAUUCGGCCUCGGCCUGCACGGAACAACUUUUUAGGAGCCUUUGUACUCUGUAAAGAGGUGCAGGAGCGCCAGGAGUGCCAGUACGGCGAGAACUGCACCUUUGCAUACUGCCAGGAGGAAAUCGAUGUUUGGACACAGGAGAGGAAGGGCGCGCUGAGCCGCGAGCUGCUCUUUGACCCCCUGGGUAGCACAGAAAGACGCGCGCUCAGCGUCACCAGACUGCUGCAGCUCCACAUGGGCAUGUUCAUGUUCCUCUGUGAGGAAUGUUUUGAUAGUAAGCCCCGCAUCAUCAGCAAGCGCAGCAAAGAAAACCUGUCAGUCUGUUCAAACCUCACAGCUCGACACCCGUUUGACGAUAACAAGUGCCUGGUGCAUGUGGUGAGGUCGGCCAACGUGCGUUACAGCAAGGUGCGCCCCCUGCACCCGCUUUGCCAGUUUGAUGUGUGCCGCCACGAGGUUCGCUACGGCUGCCAGCGCGAGGACAGCUGCUCCUUUGCACACUCCGUCAUAGAGCUCAAAUGUUGGGUGCUGCAGCAGGACACGGGCAUAACCCAUGAAGAGAUGGUUCAGGAGUCCAAAAGACACUGGCAAAGACUGGAGCAGAAUGCCCAGAAGCAGCAGAGGCCCAUCCAUAUUCCCCACCCGAGCAGCAGCCUACCGGUCGGAGGCGUCGGGGGAAUGGGAGGUGGCGGCGUAGGGGCGGGAGACGGCAUCGGCGGCGUCCCCUCCAUGGGAGGCCUGGGCAUGGGCGCCUUGGGAGGUGGCGCAGGCCGGGGCCGUCCCCUCAACCUGAAAAUGAAGUUCGUGUGCGGCCAGUGUUGGAGGGAGGGGCAGGUGAACGAGCCUGACAAGAACCUGAAGUACUGCACUGCCAAGGCGCGACACAGCUGGACUAAGGAGCGGCGAGUCUUGCUGGUGAAAUCCUUUGAGAAGAAGAAGUGGGUUGUCGUUCGUCCUCUCCCGUUCUCCCGCACCUAUCCGCAGCAAUACGACAUGUGCGUGCAUGUGAUGAAGCAGAAGAAGUGCCACUACAUUGGCAACUGCUCCUUUGCCCACAGCCUGGAGGAGAGGGACGUCUGGACGUACAUGAAGAACAACAGUUUGAGAGACAUGCAACAAAUGUACGAGCUGUGGCUGCAGCUCACCAAUCAAAGCAGACGCACAGACAGUUCUGCGGUGACCCCGCCUCCUGAGGACAAACAGGUCACCAUCACAGCCGACUACAGCGAGAGCAUGGGAGGCCGGCGGAUGUCAGACGGGGAUGACCUCUGAGACUCCAGCCAGCUGAUUGCCGCCAACGGAGACCAGAGCGACCGGCCGCACCAGCUGCAACUGAACAGUCAGUCAUUUUGCCAGUCUGACCUCUUAACAGCCAGCCAGUCAGACAGCCAGCCGUGUGGGAGCUGAUGUAAACACACACAUACACACUUGUCUUGCAUAUUCACACAACCCAUUAGUCAAUUCAUGGAGGAAGCUUUGUUUCAGCAGCACCUUUCGAUUCCCCCUGUGCCCCGUAGUACUGCAGGAGUGGUAAUUAUGAUCAUGAUAAAUAUGUACACACAGGCAGAAAAUAUGUGUCCACCAGGCACCUCCUUUUUGGGGUUAUUAUUUUGUUUUUUUUGGGGUGGGGUGGUGUCAAACCUCGCAGCACCAAAGCAAUUCUUGAAUGAGCGCGCUGGCCGUGAUUCUUAUUGUUUUGCUUGGCAGUCAAUGGGGAAAAAGUCCCUUCAAAGAUGGAGUUUUCAUGCUAAAAGUUGUCAUUUCAACUGAGAAGUGCCAAAAAAAAAAGAAGGUCCUGGUGGAUACGCCACACAAGUCCAGCUGUAUUACAUUAGAUCCCCCGCUGAUCAAUUUGGUUGCGUUUCAAAACAACAAAUAGCUAAAAACUACAAAUAAUGGCCGCACUCGCAAAAAAAAACACCUAUUUUUGUUACUCUAAACCCUAUAAUAUACCUCUCAUGGUUGUUAAAUUCAGUUUUACAAAUUAAACCAUUACUUUGAAAACGUGCCAUUGUACAUCACGUCUGGUCAAAGCAUCUUCAUGCUGGAAAAUGUUAGUGCUUGUGAGACAGCGCCUUCUGCUGGAUCCAUGGCUGCAGCACUUUCUAUUUGCAUGACCAUUAAUAAGGCAAUAAAUUAGAGAGAAGAAACGUGCCAACACGGGGGAUCUACUGUACAACCAAAAUCUUUCCUUUGCGGAAAUAACAGCAGGAGGGCCAACAUGUUUGUGUGUUUUGUUUUGGGUUUUUUUGUUUUGUUUUUAAUGGGAAUAGUGUGCGUCCUCCUCAUAUUGUCUGCCAUAUUGGUAGAGCACUUUGAAUGUAACGCCUGCACGGGCCUUUAAAACGGGGAAUAUUGAUGAAUUGAAAAUGACGCUGUUGUUGUGUGAGAGGUAUGUCCAUCUUCUUGCAUUUCGAACAUCCUAAGCAAAAUGUCCCCCUGGCCCCCUUCACCUCCCCCCCCUUUUCUGUUAUGAAUCCAUCCUGCCGUACACACAUACAGUAAGUAACAUACACAGUGCUAAUGGCUGAAUCUCCUAAGAAGCAUCCAAACAAAAACCUCAAUCGGACUCUAGCGGUGUCGGUGGCGCCCGUGCAGAAGACUUGUGUUGUCAUACUUCAAGAAGAAGGUUUACUAGAAUGAUUGAAUUAAGUAUAUAUUGCUUUUUUGAUAUUGAUGCUAAUUUGGAGAGACAAAUAGACACUUUUUUGAGUCCGAUUGGGGUAAAUAUAUCCACACAAAUAUCAUUAUUGUUCCUAAUGGAUUAAUAAUAAGAACAACAUUCGGGGAGCCACACCCUUUUUUUUUUUUUGUGCCUAUGAGCAACAUACACACACACACACAAGCAGGGUAUCUUCCUGCCAUCUCACUAUGCCUUUAAUGCAAACAGACACAAGUGAGGUAUGUCUAUACUGAUUCUCACACACAACACAUUUACUUAUAAUGCUAUACUACUAAUAAUAAAUGAUAACUUAGCAAUUAAGCUUAAUAAAUAUAUAACCUGACAAACCUGUAUUGAUUACAUAGAACUUCUUGUUAUUGAGGUAUUGCUAUAUGACAUGUAUCGCUGAAUAGACUACUAUAGUGAUUUUUCUUUCUCUCUUUAUAUUCAUUUUAUGUUGUAGUUUUUUUUCCUUCUGUGUGGGUUCUUCCAGGCAGGGACGGAGCACAAGCUUAAUUUUUAAGUGUUUAUACGAGUUCUACGAGUUGUGUUGCUGUGCUUAGUGAGCCCUCGUCUGGAACAGCCCACUAUUUAGCUACUCUGAGGGAUUGUAUUAUUACUACUACCCUUUUAGUAUUAUGAAUAUGAUAAUGAUUGCUAUUGGCUAUUUCUCUUCUAUAUCCUAUUGAUAUACAGUAUGUAUGUUUAUUGCAAUGUAUACCUAUAUAUGUAUCCAUGUAUGAAUAUGACGGGUAAAAUAGGCGUCCUGUGUAUGCAAAGCCUGCACAGCUUGUCUUGCGAGGCAGUGAGCAGACAACAAAUUGACAUCAUCAUGCUACAACCUGUUUCCAGAGGCCUUCGGAUCGCUGUUUAAAAAAAAAAAAAAAAAAACCCCAAAAGUUCUCUGCUUCCUGCCUGUGCUGUGCUAUUUUCAGUCAUACACAGAGGCUUACAUACUCCUGCAUAGCGCCUUAUUCGAUAAAAAUGAUACCCUUAUUGUAUAAUCCUGCUUACUAUAUACAGUACAAUAUGUGAUAGCUGAUAACCUAUUAUAAUAUGUAAACACCCCCAUUAAGGUAAUUUAGAUAAGUGAUGGUAGAGCUGUUUUAUCCCCACCCACCCCACCUCCCCCCCAGUGGCUUGGCAGAGUUGAAAAACUUCAAAAAUCCUCACUUUUUACGUUAUUUCAUUUGUAAACUCCCAGACAGUCAGUACUAUCUUUGAACCUUACAUAAAAAGUAUGAAUAAUGUUAUUAUACUAAUAUGUAAUAUACUCGUCAUAUGUCUCUCUACACCACAGAAAAACGUCUGCUUCACUGAUAUUCUUGUGAGCCGCCGCCUCCGCCUCCUCCCUUUUUUUUUGUUCAUUUGAUUCCCAGCACAAACAUGCCAACGCAGCCACCAACAGUCCCAAUCAUCAAUCAUGUGUAUCAGUUAGGACGUUAUUGGUUAUCUCAAUUGAUUUCAAAAAGAGGAAGAAAGAAAACCAGGGUUGAAGUAACAAGUGAACAAACAAGGCCUCUAUCCUUUUUUUUUGUACUGUAUUUUUAUGAUCUGUUUUCCAGUUUUUAUGUUUUAUUGAUUUGAUUUGUUUUCUCUCCUCCCUGGUUGGAAGUUGAUAUACUCAAGUGGACCAAUUCUCUUGAAAGCAUUUAAUAAACCAACAGUUUUAGAAGAACACAAAUGAGUUUUGUUUUCAUU